AUGUCUGCCUUAGCAGCCCUUAACUGUGUAGUGAAUCCGCAAUUGAAGAUGGAAAAUGAUCGCCAUCGCUUAUGGAUUGACGGAUGUUUCGACUUCACGCACCAUGGCCACGCAGGAGCCAUUUUGCAAGCGAGAAGGCUGAUACCACCAGGUACAGAAUCCGGGGCGCUGCUUUGCGGUGUCCACAACGACGAAGAUAUUCUGUUCAACAAAGGCGGUAAGCCGGUGAUGAAUGAGCAGGAGCGUUAUGAGCACACUCGUAGUAACCGCUGGUGUAGCGAGAUCGUGAAGGAUGCACCGUACGUUACGCAGCCCGACGUUCUCGACGCGCACCGCUGCAAGUUCGUGGUGCAUGGAGACGAUAUAACAACGGACGCGAACGGCGAGGACUGCUACCAGCAGAUGAAGGACAUGGGUCGCUUUCUAGUGGUGAAAAGAACUGAGGGUGUUAGCACGACUGACAUUAUCCAGCGCAUCCUGACGGGCGCUAGGGCGGGUGCGCAGGAGGCCAGGAGCGAGAGUUCAUGGCAGGACACAGCGGGCGCAGAGGAGCAACUCAAAAAAUACGCAGCGGGACUCGACGGCCAUGCGCCAUGGUGCUACGUUUUCGACGGUCUGAUAUCCAAAUCUAAAAUAAUCGUUGAAGGCGGCUACGCGCUUGACUCUACCCAACUGGUGUACAUCGAGGGCGAUUUUGAUCUAUUUCACGUGGGUCACAUCGAGCAAUUGAAAGGACUGCGGGAGCGACACGGGCAAGACGCGCGGAUCAUUGUCGGGGUUCGUACGACGCAGGACUGUUUCAUGACCCUCAUGGAGCGCGCACUCAGCGUGUUGAGUUGCCGUUACGUCGACGGCUUGGUCCUGGACCCGGAGUCGCAGCCCUGUGUGGACGUCACAUACAACUUGGACGCGGCAGAGCUGCGUCGUGGGGACUUCAGUUACCUGGACAAGGCCGUUAUCGUGGGACGCGUGCUCGCAGAGCGCGAGCACUACGUCGCGCGGAACAGAAAGAAAGGUGUGUGCGCGUAG